AUGGCUAAUAGUACGAAUACAAAUCCUGCAAAUGUGCUCAACACAUACAACACCAAUAUAACUGACAGCGAUAAAAAGAGAAAUGAAGAUGUAGAAACACAACAGAAUGCUGCUUCAAUUAUUGUUCACGAUACAAAGAAACAAGUACCAACAUCAUUGAAUGAUUUCUCUAUAGUGAAAGAUAACGCAAAAAAUCUUACCAGUUUUCAACGAAAAAAAGCCGAAUACUUCUUCAAUGUUAAUCUCGACAAUGAAAACAAGAAAUUUGUAACUUGGAACGAUGUUGAGCAUUAUUUAUUGUUUCAUGUCGUGGCUGCAGGAAAAAAGGGUGCAGACAACGGAGAAUUAGAGGCACGAUUAAGUCAAACUGCACGAGCUCUUUGGGAACAUAUUCAUGAUCAAGUUCCGUUGUCCGAUGGAAAACGAGACCGAUUAUCUUUAGAUCAAUUUCUUGAUACAUGGGCUAGUCUCAUUGAUUAUAUUGUGAAACAUGGUGCAUUGCCAGGUCUAAUUCAAAAUUUAGUUAAUCUUGGAUUCGAGUUAUAUUCAACAACAGCUGGUCACGAUAAGUCACCUACAAUUCCUGCAUCAGCUUUUGAGCAGCUCUUUGAAAAAAUGAAUCUCGGUCNCUCGGUCGUUCCUAUGCGCUGA